AUGGAAGAAAGUUCAGAAUCUUGUGAUGAACUCGCCCAAUUGAUUGCACAUGCCAACUUUCUCGAGAAAACUGAUAAAAAACGUCAAACAAAAAAUAAUAUGGUCAGUGAUGAUAAAGAUGAAGCAUAUGAUUCUUUAAGUCCCUUUACAAAAACAUAUGGAUCACCAAAGAUACCGGUACAAAGUGAUUAUCUAGAUAGCUUGGAGUUCUCUAUGCCACAGAGUAUAGAUCAGAGUGAGGCGGAACACUCUCUUUCGCCAAUGGAUACUGCAUCUGAUGUUGAAAUAAUUUCAACUAAAACUGGACAACCGCUUGCAGAGAGUACACAGAUGACACAAAGCAACCAUAGUCAAGACAACAGCUUAAGUUGCAUAACCUCUAUCAGAGGACAUUCUUCAAUGAAGAAACCAGCUGAUGAAAUUGAGUCUUUGCAAUCUGUGAUAUUGUUGGAACCUACAAAUCAAAUUACCUCCCAGAAAUUAACAAAAUAUGUGACCAUUGAUUUAUCUGAUGAUUUGGAUCAUAGCCAGAGUUUAAGGAAGCAGCAAGGGACAAACAAACCCAGUGAAGAGAAUUGUAGUCUGCAGUCAUCCCAACAUAGUCCAAGUUUAUUGUCGAUCAAGCAAGUUACAAACACAGUAGUGAACAGUAGGACAAACUCAACUAAAAACAGAGGAAUGCUAAAAACUGAAGUUCACAGUUUGAGUGAGUCAGAACAUCAUGACAACCCUCAUAAUAUUAGUCACAACCACAAUACUAGACAAACGAAAAGAAGAAAACUUAAAAGUAGCAGUUAUGCAUCAAAACAAGAUAGAGAAAUUAUGGAAUGUCAACAGGGUAAUACAGCAGUUGCAUGUAAAGUGAGCGAUACACCUUCUAGUGCAGAAUGCAACUCUAUUAAGAUUGCAUUAGUCUCACCAGACAAUAAAGACAUACCCACACCUGUACAUUCCUUGACAUCAUACCAACAGGUGAACCCAGAUGCUGCCGACCCCUCAGAACAUGUAGACAUACAAAGGAAGCUAUUGAGAAUAGAAGUCAAUCUCGAUUGGAUGAAGCAAUAUUAUCAAAAUCUGUAUAAAAAAUAA